GUGGACAUGGUGGUGGUGUAGUGGUUGUGGACAUGGUGGUGGUGUAGUGGUUGUGGACAUGGUGGUUGUGGACAUGGUGGUGGUGUAGUGGUUGUGGACAUGGUGGUGGUGUAGUGGUUGUGGACAUGGUGGUGGUAUUGUGGUGGUGUAGUUGUAGACAGUGGUAUUGUAGUUGUGGACAUGGUGGUGGUGUAAGCCUCUCACACUCAACACGACCACGAGACACACGAGAGGCCGCGUGACGUCACCGCGCGUGCCUCGCGGUCUAUCCGGCGGCCAUGUUACGUGGGGAGGCCCCGCGCCCUCAACGCGGCAGGCGGCGGCGGCCACGAAGCCGUCGAUAACUCCACGGACUUAUCCCGCAGCGCCAACGAUUUCAAACAAAGCCCGCAACGUUCCUCGGGCAUCGAUUCGCUUUCUUACCUCCGCUCGCAGUGGCGCACGAGUAACAACACCCAGUUUCUAAGCGAGCGUGAUGUGCCGAGGGGCAGUUGUUGAAGCCUCCUCCUCACGCAUCAUGGCGGCUGUGGUUGUCUUCAGAGUGAGGGUGGUGGUGGUGGGUGGUGUUCACAGUCACUCGUGAGUCGACUUCUUCGUGGUGGAGUAGGAGGAGGACUAUGGCCACAUCGUCUCUGCUCAGGGUCGUGCUGUGCUCCGCGAGGCUCGCGGGACGCGGCCGAUCUCUGUCCGCCACCGUAAGCGGCGUUGUCGGCUUGCGUGCGGGGGCGGUGGCCAUCAGUGGGUUGCCCAACCGGGUUAAGAUUGUCGAAGUAGGUCCGCGUGAUGGACUACAGAACGAAAAGACUGUGGUGCCGACAGCUGUGAAGAUUGAGCUGAUUGAGCGUCUGGCUGAGGCAGGCUGCCCUGUGGUGGAGGCUACCAGCUUUGUUUCUCCUAAAUGGGUUCCGCAGAUGGCCGAUCACGUAGAAGUAAUGACCGGCAUUCGGAAGCUGCCCGGAGUGAGCUACCCAGUUCUCACCCCCAACCUUAAGGGAUUUCAGGCUGCUGUGAAGGCUGGGGCCACCGAGGUGGCCAUAUUCGGGGCAGCUUCAGAGUCCUUCAGCCAGAAGAACAUCAACUGCUCCAUCGCCGAGAGCCUGCAACGCUUCGAGGAGGUGGCACGUGCGGCACAGGAUGCCAACAUCCCCGUCCGAGGGUAUGUGUCCUGUGUUGUAGGCUGUCCUUAUGAAGGAAAAAUAUAUCCAGCCAAAGUAGCGGAGGUGGCCAAGCGCCUGUACGGGAUGGGCUGCUACGAGAUCUCUCUGGGGGACACGAUCGGUGUGGGUACACCGGGCAGCAUGCGCGAAAUGUUGCGCGCCGUGAGCCGCGAGGUGCCAAUGAGUGCGCUGGCAGUGCACUGCCAUGACACCUAUGGGCAGGCACUCGCGAAUAUCCUCAUCGCCCUGCAGAUGGGAGUGAGUGUCGUUGACUCGUCGGUGGCUGGGCUGGGAGGGUGUCCGUACGCGCGCGGGGCGUCUGGAAACGUGGCAACAGAGGACGUGGUCUACAUGCUCAACGGCCUGGGCAUCCAAACGGGUGUGGACCUUCAGAAACUGAUUGAAGCAGGGGAUUUCAUCUGCAAGGCUCUGAACAGACGAAGUGGCUCAAAAGUGUCCCAGGCUACCUCUAAGCUGUGAAGCUGACAUCUGCCCCCGUUAUACAAAUGCCGUCACUUGUGGGUGUGUUGAUGUUGGGUCAAGAGAGCCAGUGGUGCUUUGCGUCUGUUUAACGGAUCGCGGAUCAUCAUCUGAGGUGGCUGGCUUCAUUACCAGGCGAAGAAACCAACUUUGCUUUGAGCUCCCAUUCUUUGGUCAAUAUUCAAUCUGUGCAAUUUUCUUGUAUGUGUGUUUUAUGUAAUUAACAUUUUUGUGGGUCAUCUACGUUAAUUAAUCUGAGGUAACGCUUUUGCCUUGUGCGUCUACAAUGUUAAAUUGCUGUACGCCUACCUUGUGCUGAUGUAUUGAAAUUGGUGACAACGGUGCAUAUUAAGCCUAAUAGUCAUGUUUUCAGUCUCCAUUUACAAAAUGACACAAACGUGUUGUUGUGCAGUGGGAAUAGGGUGUGUGAUAAAUUACCGGUAACCACUGUAACCAUGAUUGGUGAGCUUUAAUCAAUCCUGACAUUACCUGCACUGUGCUUGUACGAUGCCACUUGUUUAGACCGAUGCACAGUUUACUAAACACUUACGGACUAACUUGACAGGAUUGAGCACCUUUGGAGGGCAUGAUGCAUGCGUGUGUCUGCUCAUGCUGGUGCAAAUGGGCCUUGACGCACACGGCUAAAGAAUUGUCCCCACAUUUCACUGGCAGUCGAGACAUGGGGGAAAACAAGAUCAAUGUAUGAGGUGGGCACCUGCGUUUUGCCAAGAUAAAUUUAAAACCUCAUCUAAAAUUAUUCUUAAAAUAAGAGCAGUGUUUUUUGGGUCGUCUUCUUUUAAAAGGAGUAACAUUCAGUACUUGUAUAGUAAUUAGUUGACCGUGCUCUUGGCUGACGGGUUUUACACGUGGUUGGAUUGAUGCUUUGUUGAAGUGUAAGUUCUCAGGAGGCAACAGUUUGCAUAGAAAUGCAUAUUUUGGGCGCAUCUGCUGAUGUGAUUUUCAUUAACCUCCAAGUGCUCUCAAUUGCAGGGCCUGUUAUUUCAGGCAAGUAUAACAGUCCAACAUUGGGGAUUCAGUUUUGCUUGUUAAGUUGUGGAGCCAUAUUUAAAGAAUAUCCAUUCUCAUUUUAUGCUGCAGGGAUAUUAGACUUGGAUUGUGUUCUGUCAGCAUGGCCGAAUUGAUGGUUGGUAUUUGUAAUAAUUUUCCGCCCACAUUAGUUUAUUGCAAUCCGUGCAUUUAUGAUGUAGCCAACCCAAAAGCUGAUUUAGCUGAUCAAACAAUGCUACCACGCGCUGGCUUGCAUUCAUUAAAACCCUUUGUCGCCAGCAUGCAUUCUUGAUCAAGAGCAUUGCAAUCAGGGGAAUUCAUUUUAACAUUGAAUCAGGUAAAGGUGUCAAUUCUGUCAGUCUUCUACUGUGUAUGUAUGCAUUAAAUGAAGUUCACUUGCACUAACUAAAAUAAAUCCAUUUACAGAGUCCUUCCUAAGGCGAUGAAUGAUCUUGUUUCUGAAUUUGGUUAUCAGCUUGCGAUUAUUUUAUUUCAGAUAACACAAACUGGAGUAUACUGGCGUAGCUUACCCACUUCAAUACUGGACCAGCAUUUAUUUGUAUGCAAGCUAGCUCUCUCCUUGUGUGGUAAGCAGUAUUUGAAACUGUGCUUAGGUAAAUAUGUAUAUCUGAACAUGGUACACAUUACUUGCUUCUUCCUUGUGGGAAGGAAUAUUGCAUCUUAUUCAUGGCUUGAGACAUUGAUAAGCUCGUUUGUAUUAUUGGCUCAAUGAAACUUACAUCACUAUGAAUGUGAUGUCUGAAUUUCAGAGGACUUUACUGAUCAACAACAAUUGUUAUCAUUGCUCAGUGUGGAUUUGGCAUAAUUCUGAAUAAAAUCCUGAACGAUAAUUUCCCAGUGAUAAUUGUGUUGCAGUGUACACUGUGCAAGAUGCUAUAAAAUAAUGACUGGACAGGUAUGCAAUGUACACGUGUGUGAGAAUGCCAUUGAGUUUUUGUGUCUUCUAAUUUGUGUUUUAAAUUGCCAGUGGUCUAAUGAACAUUUAUACAAAAUACCCCAACAUUGCAUUAUUAUUUUGUCAAAAGUAUAUUUUAAAAGUGAAAGUAUUUUAUCUCCGUAAAAAGUGAUAAAAUUCCUUUGGUGUUUGUGCAAAAUAACUUUUUAAAGUUUGGUUUAAUUGCCUUACAAUUAUAUAACACUGGACAGCAGAAAGAAUGUUUUCUUUAAUUUGUCAUAUAACAUGAUUAAACAAUUACAGCAAGUGGUGCAUUAAUUAAUAGAUUAUUAGUUUGCUAAUAUCCUGUCAGCUGUAUGGAAUGCUGGUCAUGUCUUUGAAGCGAUGUUCAGUGUUGUGACUUUGUGGUUUGACCUUGUUUAUCUGAGUAGAUGCCAAUUAUUUAAGAUAACAGUAUUACAAAGUCUGCUGUUUAAUUGUGCCACGUGUACAUUUUCUGUGUAAAUUAUACCAAAGUAUCAAAAUCAAUGUAAUGCA